UUUUGGGUGGGGAUUUUUGAUGUGUUAGUUUUCAUAAAUUUAAGCUUAAAUUUUCACACAGAUUUAAUGGAAUAUCAUCAACUUCUUUUAUUUUUAUUACUUUUCUUUUGUCAUUUUCAAUUAAUUAAAACUGCCCCCUCCUUCGAUGACAACGAAUUUGCUGAAUUUGAAAUUGCCGAUGAAGAACCUCACGUUUCUUUUGCUAAUAAUGAUGUUAAAGAAGAAGAACGAGAAAAAGUGGAUGAAGUAAAGGAGGAUGUUAGAGAAGCGACUAAACAGACUGACCCAACCGAAGAUUUUUCCUUCCUGGCAGAUGAAGACGAAUUUGAACAGGCUGAAAAAGAAUUGGAGGCAAAUCAGGGUGAAGCUGAUACUGCUGGGAAGCAAGGCGAUACUAUUAAACCGUUGACUUUUGCUGAUGUUCCUUCACAUUUUCGUUCAAAUUGGUCUAGUUAUCAAAUUGAGUCAAUAGCUCUUUUUGUAAUUAUUAUUUAUGUAAUUAAUUAUUUAUAUGGAAAAACUAAAAAUUAUUCGAUUGCUUUAAAGUGGUUUUCUGACAACCGCGAGAAGUUGGAACAACAAUUUGCGUUGGUAGGGGAUGAUGGAACAAGCACGGAAGAAAUGGAAGGCCAUUUAAUUAGAGAAACUGAAUUUUCCUAUACUGUGUGGAGUACUGGAAGGACUGGUUGUAAAGGAAUGCUGACACAAAUUAAGGUUUAUAAAACUUGUCGGAGGGAUUUUGGAUUUUUGGGGAAAUCACUGGUUUGGGAAAAAAGGUCGGGUUGGGUUCUGAGUCGAGUUUUUAAACUUUUCUUCGGGUUGGGUUCUGGAUGGAUCUAA